AUGAAGAUGAGCUAUAUUACGAGAUUCAUCUGUUUCAUCUGUCUGAUUAUGGGGACAGCAAUGAACAUUCUGCUGUUUAAUUUGAUUUAUAAACUGCUCAAAGUGACCAGACUAAAAAGAGGGAUUUUGGAGAAGUUUCUGAAAUUCUGGUGCUAUCACGUCAUCAUCGCAUUCAUGGGAUUGCUAUUCACCAGGCCGUUCUACUUCAUAAAUAGAACCAGACACGUUAAGAAUGAGAAGAAUAUCGCAAUAUUCAACCACUGUUCUGAAUAUGACUGGAUUUAUAUUUUGAUGAUAUAUUAUCAAUUGGAGAUGUAUGAAAAGUUAUUUAUAUUGAUGAAGAUGGAACUAAAGAAGAUUCCGGUGCUAGGAUACAUCAUCUUACAACACAAUCAUCUCUUCGUAAACAGAGAAAAGAAUUCGGGCGAUAAAGAAAAGAUCAAAAGGGAUAUUGACGGUAUCAAGAAACAUAAGGAAUACACCAUGUUCAUAUUCCCAGAGGGCACGAUUCCAACCACAGAGUCAUGUCGAAAUGGACAAGAGUUCGCAAAGAAGUCGGAGCUAUCAGUUAACAAUGAACCAUUUCUUCCUAAGAAUGUUCUGGUUCCAAAAGUUGGUGGAUUCAACACAAUUAAAACAAACUUAGAAGUCAAAUACAUCAUAGACGGUACCAUAUUCAACAAUCCAUACUAUUUCAUGCCAGAUAACGAACAAACACACGUACAGUAUUUCUUUAAAGAGAGGCUGCCGAUAUCACCGAUUAUUCUGAUCCAAGAGGUUAGAAAUGAGGAUCUGGCGGAUGAUUUCGUCUAUAAGUCAUUCUACACCAAGGAAAAGAUGAUUGAGAGAUACAAAGAGAUGGUUACUAGGUGUCCCAAUACUCUACUAACGUAUGAGGAGACUAAGGCAAUCAUGUCUGAUGUUCUGGAAGAUGAUCGAUUGGAUAUCAAGCAGCUUUGGGUCAAAUCAAAAUACAGGCACGUAAUAUUCCUGUUCACGGCAAUAAUGUAUCUGUCUGUUGGAUGUGGUGCUUAUAAGGCAACUUCUUGUCUCGCAAGGAUCCUCCGCAAACUGUUUGAAACACAGAAGUAA